AUGUUGGUUGAAGAAGUUCCGAAACAAACACAGGCCAGCAGUUCUUCUGUGUAUUUCCUGUCGCUGGUAAACCUUUCAGCACGUCCUUUUUCCAAAGCCUUUGAAGGCGACGAGAACCGCAACUCAAAGAACAGACCCAAGGUCAAUUAUAAUCUUACAGACUUGCUUAACGCCCAGACACAGGUAAACUACAGCAAUGGAUCUGUCAACAGCGGGGUUUUCAAGCUGUCACAGCAGAUGCAGCUUGAACGACUUAUUUCUAAGCGGUUGGGCGAUCUUAGUAAAGAAACACCAAACAGCAACUUUGAAAUUCCAAAGAGUUUCGGGUACACCAGCAUUCACAAGUCUCUUUCCGGAGGAGACAAAAAAAAGAUCCGGCUAGGCAACACACCCUCAACCAAACGUAUCUUGGCCGCUCGCAGAAACCUCAAUUCAUACUUCGAGGAGGAGAAAAACUUGAUUUCCAUCAACACCAUUCUUUCCGUGAACUAUUCAUUUGCGGAGCAACAAGAUUUCGGAACGGACUCAAAAAGAAGAAAGACAGAGCGCCGCUUCAAGCCAAAGGUCAAACUAUGUUGUAUUUGUGGCGGCCAGUCUCAUUAUUCUCGGUGUGCAAGCUGUGGACUCUAUUCAUGCAGUGUAAGAUGCAAUCGUUUGCAUUUGGAGCUGCGUUGUGUUUAA